AUUUCUGUCACAAUCCUUAACCAGUACUACUUCGGGAUUAAGUCUUCCUUGGGAGUUCCUUUUUUUUAAGGUCUUUAUAUGGGCCAAUUCCUCCAAUCUGCAAACAUUUUUUCAUUAAGACGCUAGAACAAUAAUAUUGUAAGAUGGCACCUCCGCUGCGCCCGAAUGCAGUCGCGUUCAUAUCACCCCAAAACCACCCAAUCCUCAUCCGCACAUUCGAAAAAGGUGACGAGCUGAAGUACCACUAUGUAGCCCAUACAAGUCUCGAUGUCAUUGAGGAACGAACAAAUGGUCCAACAAAAUCUAACGAUUGCUACCUCGGCCUUCUCUACGCCAUGGAUGACAUAGCUGCUUAUGGGUACAUCACGCCUCUCAAAAUGAAGAUUGUUCUCGCUCUCCCACUCACAGACUCUGUCGUGCGUGAUGCGGAAGUGAUCAUGACUUUUAAGGCCCUCCACCUAGCUUAUUAUCAUGCUUCCUCGAACCCCUUUAUCCGACUUCAUGAUACGCCUGCAGGCGUGGGGAGCGCCAAGUGGAAGCGCUUCAGACGGAAAGUAGACGAGAUAAGUAGGGCUGUCGGUGGUGGGAGUGUGCCUUCAUGAACAUAUGCACCAAGGUAAUGAAUCCCAGGUUCGCAGCUCAUCGCGCUUUGCAGGCUUCGGCCAUCUUUGUGAUAGCGCGUGGUCAUGCUACUCGUUUGUUACGUGUGGACCGAAAUGGAUCAAACCCUUCUAUUGACUCAGAUGUCUAGCGAGCACCGCGUCUGAGACAGAUACGGGGUUGAUAUAAUUCAUCGUCUGUUUUCCCUCACUAGCUCCUCUUAUGUAUUGUGUGGAGAGUGUCUUGUAGCACAAUAGUCAAUGAUGUACGGUCACCAGAAUAUUCCCGCUACCUUAUGGAGUGGCUUUUACUUUUACUUUCCAACUUGUCUGGGAAAAUCCGAUACAGCUGGUUCCAGAUCGA